AUGGCGGCCUCUGAGGCGGCGGCGGCGGCGGGGCCCGCGGCUCUGGGCUCGGGCACCUCGGGCGUCUCGGGCGUCCCGGCCGUCCCGGCGGCCGCGAGGGGAGCCGCCGCCGCCUCGGGUCCUUGGGGUCCCCCGGGACGGCUGAGGGGCAGCCGACCGCGGCCCGCAGCGGCGAGGCAGCAGCCCGCAUCUCCAGCGCUGCCUGCCCGGGAGCUGAUCCAGCCGUCGGUGAGCGAGCUGUCCCGGGCCGUGCGCACCAACAUCUUGUGCACCGUGCGCGGCUGCGGCAAGAUCCUGCCCAACAGCCCCGCGCUCAACAUGCACCUGGUCAAGAGCCACCGCCUGCAGGACGGCAUAGUAAAUCCAACAAUAAGGAAAGAUUUGAAAACUGUACCGAAAUUCUACUGUUGUCCAAUUGAAGGAUGCCCCAGAGGCCCUGACAGACCAUUUUCUCAAUUCUCUCUUGUAAAACAGCACUUUAUGAAAAUGCAUGCUGAAAAGAAGCAUAAAUGUAGUAAGUGCAGCAAUUCUUACGGUACUGAAUGGGACUUGAAAAGACAUGCAGAGGAUUGUGGCAAGACCUUCCAGUGCACAUGUGGCUGUCCUUAUGCCAGCAGAACUGCCUUGCAGUCACACAUCUACCGAACUGGCCAUGAGAUCCCUGCUGAGCACAGGGAUCCACCUAGUAAGAAAAGGAAAAUGGAGAACUCCACAAACAACCAGAAGUUGUCAAAAAAGACUGUUGAAUCAUUGAUCAAUAAACCAACUUCUAGACCAGACACUCAAGAAUUAGAAACUUCGGAAAUAAAGGUAGUGGCUUCCUUUGAAGACUCUUGCAGCUCUAAUGCCAGAAAACAGACUCUUAAAACACCUCCAAGAUACCCUCAGAAGCUGCUUUUACCAAAGCCCAAAGUGGCUUUGGUUAAAUUGCCUGUGAUGCAGUUUUCUCCUGUGCCUGUCUUUGUGCCCACUACAGCCGACUCUUUGGCCCAGCCUGUGGUAGUGGGUGUGGAUCACCAGGGCUCUGCCAUGGGCGCCGUUCACUUACUCCCCUUGUCCAUUGGAACCCUGAUCCUCGGCCUAGAUUCAGAGGCUUGCUCUCUUAAGGAGAGCCUGCCUCUCCCCAAAAUUGUGAAUCCCAUUGCUGUCGAGCCAGUCAGUACAGGUGUUCAGGUGAACUUGGGUAAAAGUCCACCUCCUUCUUUACAACAACUAGGGAACACAUGUCAGAAGCACAGCAUUUCUUCCAUCAACGUGCAGACAGAUCUGUCUUACAGCUCACCAAGCUUCCUGCCUUCUGCCCAGUGGGCUUCCCCAGACUCCUCCGUAUCGUCUUGUUCUCAAACUGAUUUGACAUUUGGUUCUCAAGUUUCACUUCCCAUUAGUGUUCAUACUCAAACAUUGUUACCUAGUUCUAAAGUAACUUCAUCUAUAGCUGCUCAGACCGAUGCUUUUUUAGAUGAUUGUUUCCAGUCAGGUGGGAUCUCCAGAGAAACGCAAACCAGUGGAGUGCAAAGUUCCACAGAUGACGGGGUACACAUGGACCAAGCAAUAAUGUGUGGGGACAUUUUUGAGAAUGUCCAUUCAUCCUACAGGGUUUCUACAGACAGUAUUAUAAGCAACAGUUUGGUAGCAGAUACUAUAACUCAUGGAUUGUUAUCUCAGAAUGACCCUAAGACUUUAAAUCAAGAUAUUGAGAAAUCUGCAUCAAUUAUAAACUUCAAUGAGCAGAAUAGUAUUCUUCCUUCACAAAACAUGACAGAUAAUCAGACCCAAACCAUAGAUUUAUUAAGUGAUUUAGAAAACAUCUUGUCAAGUAACCUGCCAGGUCAGACGUUGGAUAAUCGCAGUCUUCUGUCUGACACAAACACUGAACCCGACACACAGCUCUCAUCUGGCCCGACACAAAAUCCCGGAAUAGAUUUUGAUAUCGAAGAGUUCUUUUCAGCCUCAAAUAUCCAAACUCAAACGGAAGAGAGUGAACUCAGCAAUAUGAACACUGAACCAGUCUUGGAAUCCCUGGACAUCGAGACCCAAACUGACUUUUUACUUGCAGACACCUCUGCUCAGUCCUACAGUUGUAGGGGAAAUGCCAACUUCUUAGGCCUUGAAAUGUUUGAUACACAGACACAGACAGACUUAAACUUCUUUUUAGACAGCAGCCCUCAUCUGCCUCUGGGCAGUAUUCUGAAACACUCCAGCUUCUCCAUGAGCACUGAUUCAUCUGACACAGAAACCCAAACAGAAGGGACUUCCACCAAAAACCUACCUGCUCUAGAAAGCAAAGUUCAGUUGAACAGUACAGAAACACAAACCAUGAAUUCCUGUUUUGAAACCCUGGGGAGUUUGUUUUUCACCAGCAAUGAAACUCAAACAGCCAUGGAUGACUUCCUGCUAGCCGAUUUGGCCUGGAACACCAUGGAGUCUCAGUUCAGUUCUGUGGAAACCCAGACAUGUGCAGAACUACAGACAGUCUCCAACUUCUAAAAGAGACGUCCCCGUAUGGGGACAGCAUUUACAGUUUUUUUCUGGAUUUAGAAAAUAGGGAAUGGGGACAACAGUAUUAACUAUUGAAUGUAGUUUAUGCAGUUGCUUAGAUUCUUUGCCUUUUGUACUUGUAAACAUGAAUUUGUGUAUAAAUAUGAGUGUAUUAUAAAGUGUAUGAUGCUGAUCUAAAAAUGAUUGUUUUUGUGUUGCAUACCAUUGCCCCUUCAAAACUUGUCUUUCCUUCUAAAAAAAAUAGAUGUACUUCACAUCUUUAAAAACA